AUGGAACCAGUUAUGGUUUUCGGGGAUGGCGAGCAAGCUAAAGGACAACCAAGGACCCCCAAGUACUUGCAGCUAAGUGUUGAACAAAAAAAGAAGGGCGAACCAGGUUACAGAUUCGCUCCAACAGAGGAGGAGUUGAUUUUAUUUUUCCUAAGACGGAAAGUUUUGGGAAAACCGGACCGCGGUCAUACAAUAUGCGAGGUAGACUAUUACAAAUACCCACCAUGGGAACUUCCCAACCUAUGCGGUUCAGACUCGGGAAAUCGAAUUUGGCAUUUCUUCGCGAAGAAAGAGCUAAAAUACAACACGGGUUGCAAAAAGAGCAGGCGUGAUACACUAUGGGGUUCAUGGAAGAAAACAGACAAAGAUAACCCUGUUAGAUCAUCCGCAACUCCAAGAGUGAUCGGAAAAAAGUCAACCUUAAUUUUUCACAUGAUGGUGCAGGGGAAGGUGGAAAAGGAUAGGACAGAUUGGGUUAUGCAUGAGUAUAGGCUUGACGAUGCUAAGCUACAGGGACAAAAUGUGGAUCAAGAAUCUUACGUGAUCAUCAAGUUAUAUAAAAAAAGCGGGAUCGGACGCCAACCUGGAGAUAACUAUGGUGAGGCAUUCUUGGAGGAGGAAUGGUAUACGGAUGAUGAUGAGGCUGAAAUAAGAAAUCAAGAGGAGAACGAUGCCUUUGAUAUGUUGGCUAGGGACUACUCCUUGUUACCAUGA